GCGUUGCGGUCGCUGCGGCUGUGAGCUCCCGGCGCCCACACCAUGCAGAAGGCGCUGCGCCUGAAUGACGGGCACGCCGUCUACCUGGGGCUGCUGGCCAAGAAGGACGGUGCCCGGCGUGGCUACCUGAGCAAGAGGAGCUCCGACAACACCAAAUGGCACCCCAAGUGGUUCGCCCUGCUUCAGAACAUGCUUUUCUACUUCGAGAAUGAUUCCAGUUCCCGGCCAGCUGGCCUCUACCUGUUGGAAGGGUGCCUGUGUGACAGAGCUCCUUCACCCAAGCCCAAGGAUCCUCUGGAGAAGCAGCAUUAUUUUACGGUUAACUUCAAUCAUGAGAACCAGAAAACUCUGGAGCUAAGGACCGAGGAUGCCAAGGACUGUGAUGAAUGGGUAGCAGCUAUUAGUCAUGCCAGUUAUGGGACUCUUGCUACAGAGCAUGAAGCCUUAAUGCAGAAGUACCUCCAUUUACUUCAGAUUGUGGAGACAGAGAAAACAGUUGCCAAGCAACUCAGGCAACAAAUUGAAGAUGGAGAAAUAGAGACAGAGCGCCUGAAAUCAGAGAUUGCAGCCUUGCUCAAGGACCACCAGCGCAUUCAGUCCAACCAGGCCAAUGUGCCGAGCGAUGACGACAUUGACAUCAAGAAGAUCAAGAAGGUCCAGAGUUUUCUCCGGGGAUGGUUGUGCAGAAGGAAGUGGAAGACCAUCAUCCAGGAUUACAUCCGCUCCCCUCAUGCUGACAGCAUGCGGAAGAGGAACCAGGUGGUCUUCAGCAUGCUGGAAGCCGAGGCGGAGUAUGUGCAGCAGUUGCACAUCCUUGUCAACAACUUCCUGCGCCCGCUGAGAAUGGCUGCCAGUUCCAAAAAGCCCCCCAUCACGCAUGAUGAUGUCAGCAGCAUCUUUCUGAACAGUGAAACCAUCAUGUUUUUACACCAGAUCUUCUACCAGGGCUUAAAAGCACGCAUCUCUAGCUGGCCAACCUUGGUGCUUGCGGAUCUCUUUGACAUCCUCCUGCCAAUGCUCAACAUCUACCAGGAGUUUGUGCGGAAUCACCAGUACAGCCUGCAGAUCCUGGCCCACUGCAAGCAGAACCGGGACUUUGAUAAGCUCUUGAAGCAUUAUGAGGCCAAACCUGACUGUGAAGAGCGCACGCUGGAGACCUUCCUGACGUACCCCAUGUUUCAGAUCCCCAGGUACAUCCUAACGCUGCAUGAGCUGCUGGCCCACACACCCCACGAGCACGUGGAGCGGAACAGCCUGGAUUACGCCAAGUCCAAGCUGGAGGAGCUCUCCAGGAUAAUGCACGAUGAAGUCAGUGAAACAGAAAACAUUCGGAAGAACUUGGCGAUUGAGCGGAUGAUUAUUGAAGGCUGUGAGAUCCUCCUGGACACCAGCCAGACUUUUGUAAGACAAGGGUCCCUCAUCCAAGUGCCGAUGUCGGAGAAGGGGAAGGUGACGCGUGGACGCCUGGGCUCCCUGUCCCUGAGGAAGGAGGGUGAGAGGCAGUGCUUCCUCUUCUCCAAGCACUUGAUCAUUUGCACUCGAGGCUCUGGAGGGAAGCUUCACUUGACGAAGAAUGGCGGUGUGAUUUCACUCAUUGACUGCACACUGGUGGAAGAUACAGAAAGCACGGAUGAGGACCGAUCGGGGCAAGAUGCAGAGCACCUUGACUUCAAGAUUGUGGUGGAACCUAAAGACAGCGCACCUUACACCAUUAUCCUUGUGGCAUCAUCCAGGCAAGAGAAGGCCGCGUGGACCAGCGACAUCAGCCAGUGUGUAGACAACAUUCGAUGCAAUGGCCUCAUGAUGAACGCCUUUGAAGAAAAUUCAAAAGUCACUGUUCCACAGAUGAUCAAGUCAGAUACCAGCCUGUACUGCGAUGAUGUCGACAUUCGAUUCAGCAAAACCAUGAACUCCUGCAAGGUCCUCCAGAUCCGCUAUGCCAGCGUGGGGCGCCUCCUAGAAAGACUGACAGACCUGAGGUUUCUAAGCAUUGAUUUUCUCAAUACCUUCCUGCACUCCUACCGGGUCUUCACCACGGCUAUGACUGUGUUGGACAAGCUGAUCACAAUCUACAAGAAGCCAAUCAGUGCAAUUCCUGCCAGGUCCCUGGAGCUUUUGUUUGCCAGCAGUCAGAAUACCAAACUCCUCUAUGGGGAGCCACCAAAGUCUCCACGUGCCAACCGGAAGUUUUCCUCCCCACCCCCUCUGUCUAUCACCAAGUCAUCCUCCCCAAGCCGGAGAAGGAAGUUGUCCUUGAACAUUCCCAUUAUCACAGGUGGGAAGGCCUUGGAACUGGCCGCAUUGAGCUGCUCUUCCAAUGGUUAUGCAAGUAUGUAUUCCUCCUCCAUGUCACCAUUCAGCAAAACCACCUUGGACAUCAACAAGCUUUACGUGUCCAGCAGCUACUCCAAUAAAAUACCUGAUGAGGGGGAAGGGAGCACUGAAAAGGCAGAGGAAGCCCUGCUGAACAAGACAGGCUCCGAAGAGUCCACCCGAGAAGAUUCCGCCUUUGAGGCAACCCAGAGUGAGGAGGGAGACCCAGAAGCAUCACCCACCAAGUCCCCGACCACGCCGAAACCGGUCAGAGGCAAGAACUCUUCAGAGUUCCCUUUGUUCUCCUAUAACAACGGAGUGGUGAUGACUUCCUGCCGGGAACUGGAGAACAGCCGCAGCAGCGCCCUCUCGGCCGCCUCUGCAUUUGCCAUUGCCACCGCAGGAGCCAAUGAGGGUACACCGACCAAAGAGAAGUACCGCAGAAUGUCGUUGGCCAGCCCAGGCUUCCCGCCUGACCAAAGGAACAGCGAUAAAGAGUUUGUGAUCAGGAGAGCAGCGACCAACCGGGUGCUCAACGUCCUGAGGCACUGGGUCUCCAAGCACACCCAGGACUUUGAAACUAAUGAGGAACUGAAGUAUAAAGUGGUCAGCUUUCUGGAGGAAGUGAUGCACGACCCAGAACUCCUGACUCAAGAAAGAAAAGCUGCUGGCAAUAUCAUAAGGACCUUGACCCAGGAUGAUCCAGGAGACAACCAGAUCACCCUGGAAGAGGUUCUGCAAAUGGCUACAGGGGUCAAGGCAGAACCCUUUGAAAAUCACUCGGCUUUAGAAAUAGCUGAGCAGCUCACCUUAUUGGAUCAUCUGGUCUUCAAAACAAUUCCUUAUGAAGAAUUCUUUGGACAAGGAUGGAUGAAGGUGGAAAAGAACGAGCGAACACCAUAUAUCCUGAAGAACACAAAGCACUUCAAUGAUAUCAGCAACCUGAUCACCUCGGAGAUCCUCCGCAACGAGGACAUGGCUGCCCGGGUGAGCACAGUGGAGAAGUGGGUGGCUGUGGCUGACAUUUGUCGGUGCCUGCACAACUACAAUGCUGUUCUGGAGAUCACCUCGGCCUUCAACCGCAGUGCCAUCUUCCGCCUGAAGAAGACGUGGAUGAAGGUGUCAAAGCCGACCAAAGCGGUAAUCGACAAGCUGCAGCGGCUGGUGUCUUCGGAAGGGCGAUUUAAAAACUUGAGGGAGGCUCUGAAAAAUUGCGACCCACCUUGCGUCCCUUACCUGGGCAUGUAUCUAACAGACCUGGCGUUCAUUGAAGAGGGCACUCCCAAUUACACCGAGGACGGCCUGGUGAACUUCUCCAAAAUGAGGAUGAUCUCCCACAUCAUCCGAGAGAUCAGGCAGUUUCAGCAGACGGCCUACAAGAUAGACCAUCAGGCAAAGGUCACUCAGUACCUCUUAGAUCAGUCAUUUGUGAUGGACGAAGAGGGUCUCUAUGAUGCCUCUCUGAAGAUAGAGCCAAAGCUACCCACCUAAGAACAGAGCAGCCGCACCCACCAGCCGGACCCAGAAAUGUAUAUGGCGUAUCCUCUGUUUCUUGGCUCCUCCCGAGGCCUUCCCUGUUCCUCUCUCCCGCAUUCCUAGACUUCGACGCAACCCUUGCGCUGUCGACCGGCAGGGCUGGUUUGGAUCAAGCCGAUUUUCUUCACUGUUGACUCUUUGGGGGCACCCGGACUAGAGGGGUAACAGGACUGGGGCGCUGGGCCCCCGGAGCCAUGGGGCGCUGGGGGCCCUGGAGCCGCAGUUUCCUUGGCUUCUGCACUCUGGCCUGAUGCUCCCUUAGCUUGGGAAACUCAGCCCCCCAACUGAGACGCUCUGGACGUGCUUCUGUCUUUUCAGAGCAGCUUUGAUGGGAUUCGUCUUGCCAGGUCGUUGUGUUCUCUUCACUGCAGAGAGCUGCGGAAGGCAGGCAGGCAGGAGGCCCAGCAGGAGAGGCAGACCUCGACUGGCUUGGAAGAAGCCUCCAGCUGGCCCACACCCUCCGUCUGUGUGGCGAAGGCAUCUUGGUCAGGCUUUGGGAGCACAGAGAGGCCAGUCCCUGGGGCCAGUUGGCUUGUGCAAAGAGGGCUGCGGGGCACCUCUGUGGGGCUCAGGGCCUCACAGGGCAGGCUGGGGGGAGUAUGGGGUAACGCCCAUUUGGACUUCCUGGCUUAGGCACUGAAAUUUCUUGGGCCAGCCCUGAAUGGGAAGGCAGUCCGUACCUGUGAGCAUUUCUGCUGCAUCCCUCUUUGGCGCUUCUGUCUGUAUGCUUUGUUGUAGACAUAGUGACACGUCUUAGUAACAUGAUGUACAAUUAGAGGGGGAAAUGGCCAGGUGUUUUUAUUACAUAUACUGUAAUCCUGUCUAACCACUUGCUAGCAGGAAUAUAGUAAUGUAGUGCUUAUUCUGUGAAUAUUAUCAUGUAUUUUUUACAGUGUACAGUGUAUAAACUCAAGUGAAUUUCUGACUAGCAGGCAUGCUGUAUGGGAACUGAAUUCAGAAACCUUUUGCUGUAAGCAAUACCCACUGGUAUGAGAAUUGUCUUUCAAGACCUAAAAUAUUUCAACCUGCAGCUUAUUUGGGAAAAGAAAAUUUCCAUUUUUGUAAAAAUAUAUGUUUCCUGAUUACCUCUUGCUAAUAAAUCUAUUCUA